AUGCCAAUUCAUGUAGAGUACGCCACUUUUGGCCUUCUAAUGGCCGGAAACUUGGGUAUAGGACUGUAUUUUUCGUUGGUUAAGAGGGCCAGAAUCGCGUCCACUCCCGACGAGGUGUUCCUAGGCGGUCGGACACUGAAGAUGCUUCCGCUGGCCGUGUCCGUACUCGCGUCCAUGAUCUCCGCCAUCGGUGUGAUAGGGUUCAGCGCGCACUACUACGCCUAUGGGUUCCACUACAGCUGGAGCCUGCUGGCAUCUCCGCUGCUCAUACCCGUGGUGGCCGGGGCCAUCAUACCAGUCCUGUACAGGCUAAGGGUUACUUCUGUUUUCCAGUACCUUCGAAUGCGGUACGGAAACAAAGUGGGACUUGCAGCAUGUGCCAUCUAUCUCUUCCUCAGCCAAACCAUCGGAGCAGUUGCACUUUUUUCAGCUUCACUUGCCACUGCGACAGUUUUCAACGUGCCUCUGAUAUGGACGACGAUGGGAAUCGGACUGGCCGGAACAGUAUACACUGCUCUGGGUGGUCUACGCGGCGUCGUUUGGACAGACUGUGUCCAGGCAGUCCUCAUUUUAAUGGCACCCGUCACUGUCAUUGCCAAAGUAAUUUUGGAUUCCUCGCAUAAGGACGUCCAACUAAGACCGCUCAGUGAUUUUGACAUCAAAGAGUUUUCCUUCAGAAUGAACUUGGACUUCACGAGUGAUGAAAACUUCUGGUCCUGCUUCCUGGGACUCUACGUGCACAACCUGUUUCGAGCUGGAAUGGAUCAGACGGUAGUUCAAAGAUAUCUGGCCUCCAGGACCCUGAGGGACGCACAAAGAAUUAUGGUGAUAGGCAUCGCCCUCAAUGUCUUCUACAUGAUUGUGAUUGGGUUCAUGGCACUCGCACUAAUUUACUGGUACCGGGACUGUGACCCCAUGCUGACUGGUGCCAUCAAGAAAUUUGAUCAGAUACUUCCAUACUACGUAAAGCAAAAUCUCUUGGACCUUCCUGGAUUUUCUGGGUUGUUUCUAACAGGUGUUGUCAGCGCCGCCACCAGCACCAUUUCUUCCAUUAUUAAUUCGCAAGCGGCUGUCUGUUACGUAGAUGUUGUGUCCCAAUACAAGAAACUCAGUGAUUCGCACGUGACAUUGCUAACAAAAGGCCUUGCAUUUUUGUUCGGAAUUAUGAUGACUGUUUACGCCGUUGUCGUUCCUUACCUUGGUUCGGCAGUCAGGAUAAUCAUGGUGGUUCACAACGGAGCGUCUGGUCCUUUUGUAGGAAUGUUUUUAUUAGCACUGGCGUUUCCAUGGACGAACGGCAAGGGAGUUGUCAUGGCUACAAUACUAACGACGGCCGUACAGUUCUGGCAGAUGUUCGGAAAACUUGCCUAUAAUGUUCAUGCUCCGCGGAUGAAGGUUACGCUUGACUAUUGUCCUAAAAACUUCACAUACGCCAGUAAGCAGAUCCAGAAUUCAACCCUGUUCGACGGGUCAAUUCCCAGACGGGACAUAUUUCCACUCUAUCAGAUGUCUUCGAACUGGAGCGUCCUAGCGACGACGGCCUUUACAGUUCUUCUUGGGAUGUUGAUCAGCUUGCUCACUGGUGGGGCAAAAACGUGGAAGCACAAUAUCCACCUGACAAGCCACAUUUUCCUUCGACUGUGGAGUAAACUGAAUCUCCUUCCUUGUGAUAUUGAGAAACAAUCCAUGGAAGAACCACUCAAUGAAGGUCCCAUGAGGCGCAAUAUCGUACUAGGUCAGCCCCUUCUUGAAAAAGACUCUGCCGCAUAA